ACCGACUCCUCGCCCGGAGGAAGGGUGCGCGUAGCCUGCGUCUCCCAUCCACCGAAAUCUAUGAUCAGCUCCGUGUGCGUCUCCUCCUACCGCGGACGCAAGUCGGGGAACAAACCACCCUCCAAAACAUGCCUGAAGGAAGAGAUGGGCAAAGGGGAAGACUCGGACAAGAUCACCAUCAAUGUUGGGGGCACCCGGCAUGAGACCUACAAAAGCACCCUACGGACUUUGCCGGGCACCCGCCUCGCCUGGCUCGCCGACCCUGAUGCCCAGAGCAACUUUGACUUUGAUGGCAAGAGCAACGAGUUCUUCUUCGACCGCCACCCUGGCAUCUUCUCUUAUGUGCUCAACUACUACCGCACGGGCAAGCUGCACUGCCCGGCCGACAUCUGCGGGCCGCUCUUCGAGGAGGAGCUCACGUACUGGGGCAUCGACGAGACCGACGUGGAGCCGUGUUGCUGGAUGACCUACCGGCAGCACCGCGAUGCCGAAGAGGCCCUGGACAUCUUUGAGAGCCCCGAGGCCGGUGGAGGAGCUGGCGGAGAGGAGGCCGAAGAGGAAGGAGCGGGUAGGGAGACAGCCCUGCAACGCCUGGGCAUGGAUGAGAGGCCGCCGGGCGCUGCUGGGGCCGCUGGAGCUGGGGGCUGCUGCCGGAAUUGGCAGCCCAAGAUGUGGGCGCUCUUUGAGGAUCCCUAUUCCUCCAAGGCGGCGAGGGUAGUUGCUUUUGCCUCGCUAUUUUUCAUCCUGGUCUCGAUCACAACCUUCUGCCUGGAGACGCACGAGGCUUUCAACAUCGAUGUGAACGUGACGGAGACCCUUGUGGUUGGCAACACCACGACGAUCCUGCUGACGCACAAAGUGGAGACGGAGCCCAUCCUCACCUACAUCGAAGGGGUCUGUGUCCUGUGGUUCACCCUCGAGUUCCUGGUUCGCAUCAUCUGCUGUCCAGAUAAGCUUCUCUUCAUCAAAAACCUCCUCAAUAUCAUUGACUUUGUGGCCAUCUUGCCCUUCUACCUGGAGGUAGGUCUUAGCGGCCUAUCCUCCAAAGCUGCCCGGGACGUGCUAGGCUUCCUGCGGGUGGUCCGUUUCGUCCGGAUCCUCCGAAUCUUCAAGCUGACACGGCACUUUGUGGGCCUCCGGGUGCUGGGCCACACACUUCGGGCCAGCACCAAUGAAUUCCUGCUCCUCAUCAUCUUCCUGGCCUUGGGGGUCUUGAUUUUUGCCACCAUGAUCUACUAUGCUGAGCGGAUCGGAGCCAAGACAUCUGACCCGCGCGGGAGUGACCACACUCACUUUAAGAACAUCCCCAUUGGGUUCUGGUGGGCCGUGGUCACGAUGACAACCCUGGGCUAUGGCGACAUGUACCCCAAGACCUGGUCGGGCAUGGUGGUGGGGGCUCUCUGCGCCUUGGCCGGGGUGCUCACCAUUGCCAUGCCCGUGCCUGUCAUAGUCAAUAACUUUGGGAUGUAUUAUUCGCUGGCCAUGGCCAAGCAGAAGCUGCCAAAGAAGAAGAAGAAGCAUAUCCCCCGUCCGGCCCCGCUGGACUCCCCGACCUACUGCAAGUCUGAGGAAAACUCUCCCCGCAACAGCACUCAGAGCGACACUUGUCCCCUGGCAGUAGAGGAGGGGGCAGCUGAGCGGAAACGGGCAGACUCUAAGCAGAAUGGUGAAGCCAACGUGGUGCUGUCAGACGAGGAGCAGCCACUGUCACCAUGUGAUGAAGAGAAGCGGCCCAUGCGGCGCUCCAGCACCAGGGAUAAGAACAAGAAGUCUUCCACGUGCUUCCUGCUGGCUACGGGUGACUUCUCCUGCACAGCUGAUGGAGGCAUCCAGAAAGGCUAUGGAAAAUCCCGGAGCCUCAGCAGCAUAGACGGCGUGGCCGGAUCCACGGUGGCCUUGGCCCCCGUCGUGUCGCGCUACAGCUCGCCCUGCCCGCUGCAGCGGCCCUGCUCGCCCGUGCACCCUCUGAGCGCCGUGCGCUCCCCCGGCUCGCUCCCUGUCUCCAUAUCCCCGCUCCCUGUGCCCAUAUCCCCAUGCCCCUUGGCCUCACCGGGAGAGGAGACCUGA